AAACUGCUAUCAGUCUAACAGAGAUGUCCGAAGAAGCAGGAACUCCAAUAAAAAACUUAAAAUCCGAUGAUAAGGGAUUGUGGGCCAUCAUUAGUUUGGCAAUCAUAUCGUUUAUUUUGAAAGUUGGCAUAAUUAUUCAGACAAUCUUGACAAUUAUUUGGAAAAACAAAGUCAUUUCGGCGCUAACUAUGCUAUUAUCUGCCUCGACAACGACAAAUAUCUAUUUAGGAAUAGAGAACGAAAGCCUUCAAAAAGAAUUAACAGAAUGUGCGGCGAAUAUUUCGGAAAUCGCAUCAGCUUUAACGACAAUUUGGGAGCCAACGGAAUGCUCGAAUGAAACUGAACCAACGCCGCAAAUAGCAAACACAACAACAGAGCCUCCCGACAAUGGAAAUGAUGAAAAUACGACUCGCCCAACUCUUCCUCGUCCCACAGAUUCGCUUCCAUAUCGAUUCGUUUAAAAAAAUUAAACAAAAAUUAUUUUUAGUAGCAAAUUUUGUACAUUACGCAAUUUUUUGAUUAAAUAAAUUAACAAACAGAG